GGGGCGCUCGCUGGCUGGGGGACGGUGGCCGCCGCCAUGAUGCUUGUUUGCUUUCAAUGAAAGCGAGGGGGGCGCGGAGAAGGAGGCGGCGGCGUCGGUGGCGGCGGCGUCGGCGGCGCGGAGGCGAAGGCGGCGGCGGGCACAGCGAGGAGGGCGAGGCCGGGGCCCAAGAGGGCAGGAGGGCGUAGUGGCGGCCGAUCGGGGCAGCUGAGACGGGCGGCUGAGGCGGUGGCGCUCGGAGGGGGAACAAAGAGCGGCGGCCGAGGCGGCGGCGGCGCUGCGGCAGCGGGCGGGACUGGUAUGGUGGUUCCACAGGUCAGACCCCGCUGCACUCACAGGGAGGAGGCGGCAGCGGCGGCGGAGGUCGGUGCACCCCGAGAGGUCAGUUCCUCUGGUUCUUAAUCAAAGUAAUGUUGCUGAUGGGUACUUCAUACUCCCUCACAUCAAGAGACACCUGGAUAGUCGCGAAGAUUGAUGAAGAAGGCAUGCCCAAAGAAAAAUACGAGUCCCCUGACCCUCGGAGGAUGUACACAAUUAUGUCCUCUGAGGAAGCAGCAAGUGGAAAGAAAUCACAUUGGGCAGAGCUUGAAAUAAGUGGAAGAGUAAGAAGCUUAAGCUCAUCUUUGUGGUCACUAACUCACCUGACAGCUUUGCAUCUGAGUGACAAUUUCCUGUCCCGCAUUCCUUCAGACAUUGCCAAGCUUCACAAUCUGGUGUAUCUGGACCUGUCCUCGAACCAGAUCCAGAGUUUACCGGCAGAACUCGGAAACAUGGUAUCACUCAGGGAACUCCAUUUAAAUAACAACCAGUUACGAGUUCUACCUUUUGAGCUGGGAAAACUGUUUCAGUUGCAGACUUUAGGCCUGAAAGGAAAUCCACUUACCCAGGAUAUAUUGAACCUCUAUCAGGAACCAGAUGGAACAAGAAGGCUACUGAACUAUUUGCUUGAUAAUUUGGCAGGUACUGCAAAAAGAAUUUCAACAGAACAGCCACCUCCAAGAUCUUGGAUUAUGUUACAAGAACCAGACAGAACAAGACCAACUGCCUUGUUUUCUGUCAUGUGCUAUAAUGUUCUUUGUGAUAAAUAUGCGACCCGGCAGUUAUACGGCUACUGUCCAUCAUGGGCACUAAAUUGGGACUACAGGAAAAAGGCCAUUAUUCAAGAAAUCUUGAGCUGCAAUGCUGAUAUCAUAAGUCUUCAGGAGGUUGAAACAGAACAGUAUUACAGUUUUUUUCUGGUAGAAUUGAAAGAACGUGGCUAUAAUGGAUUCUUUAGUCCUAAAUCUAGAGCUAGGACGAUGUCAGAGCAAGAAAGAAAGCAUGUUGAUGGCUGUGCAAUAUUCUUCAAGACAGAGAAAUUUACCUUGGUUCAGAAACACACUGUUGAAUUUAAUCAGCUAGCAAUGGCAAAUUCAGAAGGGUCUGAAGCUAUGCUGAACAGAGUCAUGACAAAAGAUAACAUUGGAGUUGCAGUCCUGCUGGAACUUCGAAAGGAAUUGAUUGAAAUGUCAUCUGGAAAGCCACAUCUUGGAACAGAGAAACAACUUAUUCUCGUGGCUAAUGCUCAUAUGCAUUGGGACCCUGAAUACUCUGAUGUGAAAUUGGUUCAAACAAUGAUGUUUCUCUCAGAAGUAAAGAACAUUAUUGAUAAAGCCUCACGGAGCCUCCAGUCCAGUGUACUGGGAGAAUUUGGAAAUAUUCCACUGGUGUUGUGUGCAGAUCUUAACUCUUUGCCAGACUCUGGUGUUGUAGAAUAUUUGAGCACUGGUGGAGUAGAAACAAAUCAUAAAGACUUUAAGGAACUGAGAUAUAAUGAAAGUCUUACAAACUUCAACUGUAAUGGUAAAAAUGGGACGACCAAUGGAAGGAUCACCCAUGGUUUCAAGUUAAAGAGUGCCUAUGAGAGCGGCCUGAUGCCUUAUACAAACUACACGUUUGAUUUCAAGGGUAUAAUUGACUACAUCUUCUACUCAAAGCCGCAGCUGAACACGUUAGGCAUCCUGGGCCCUCUGGACCACCAUUGGCUAGUGGAGAACAACAUCAGCGGCUGUCCACACCCUCUCAUCCCCUCCGACCACUUCUCACUUUUUGCACAACUGGAGCUCCUACUGCCUUUCCUGCCCCAGGUUAACGGCAUUCACCUUCCUGGCAGGAGGUAGUCAAGUACUUCAGAGGGCGACCUCAAUUUCACUUGUAAGCUCAUUUAAAAAAUCUGAAUACAGGGGAGUGAGGUAUGGCCACUAGGGGUUUUUUUCCUUAAUGAUGAUUUUUCAGUCUGAUUAUUUGAUAAGGAUAUGUAUGAAAGCCAGGUGCUAGCAACAAAUUCUGAGCCCAAUAUGCUUUAUAUACUGUUAGACAGGGAUCGGUGUGUUUGCACCUAUCUUUAAUUUGUUACAAGUAAUUUUCCUGUUUCUUCUAUCCAAUAUAAUAUUUUCAUGCCUUGAAAUAGGAAAAUGUUUGAACAGCAUAUUCUCUUUGCACAGAAAUCUGUAGCACUACUUUUUUGAGGCCAGUAAUAACAUCCAGAGACCAUUCUUCCAUACUUUACUCCCUCCUUUUUCAGACAUGUUUGUAAGAUAUAGAAUUUGAAUUUAGCCUUUAUGAUUGUAUAUGAUCCACAGAAGACCUGAUUUAUGAAAUUUUGUACUAAAAAAAUCAGAUUUGGAAAUGAUUGUAUUGUAAACUAAGGCUAAGUUUUUUUUUGUUUUUUUUUUUUACCUGUUCCAUGUGUUUGUUAGAAAGGCCAAGCUUGUAAAAGAAGUUGCAACAGACUUUCUCUGCUGAUGGUUUGCACUGUUCGGGUUUUGUUGGCCCUUUUGUACUACUUUAUUUUUAAAUUGAGAACUUUGCUUUUUAAAUCUGUUUUAAAGCUUAGGACGUGUUUUCGGACCAGAGGCAACUUAUCCAUGAAUUCCUGGGUUUUCACGGACAGAUGAGCUGAGCAGUGAAUAAUCUGUAACCAUUUAGGGACUGAAUGUAAUGGUUGAUGUAUGUACAUUCUGAUAUUUUUAAAUCUUUAACUUUUUUAAGUUAAAAAAUGACAGCUGCUUAGAUACAGCUUUUUAACUCCUUUUUGAGGCACCUCCUGCCCAAUCUCCACUGUGCCUGCCUGAGGUCGUUCUCACUAAGCACUGCCUGUGCAUCCAGAGAAAAUCUGUGCAUCCUCUUUUAUAGUUUUAAAAUACCGUCUAACAUUGGUGAGACUCUGCGAAGAUGCUUUUGUAUGAGCUGUGGCUUUUUUCCAUUGUUAAGCAUUGGCUAUUGAAUUGUUGGGAGGGUGGCCCCCGGGUCCUUGCUCACCAGACCCAAGCACUGCCUCUCCAUGUCACUGCACAGUGCUGUCACCCAGAAAACUACUAUCAUGUGAACUCUGUUUUCCAGAUAUUCCUUAGUCUCCAUGUCUCUUUUAAAAUCAUUCCUUUAAAAAAAAUUUAAAAAGUAAUUUUCCAUUUAUGAAGCAGUAUAAAUGAGAUGUAUUUUCAAAACAGGUCCCUAAGACAUUUUUCAGAUCAUUUUUAAAGUGACUAAGUCAUUUUAAUGUAUCGACCAAGAUAAAAGUUAUAUUGUACCCCGUGUAUUUUGCCCAUAGUCCCAUUAGUAGAGUAGAAAUUGAAGCCAGUGUUAACUUUGCAAAGUUAAUUCGUAUAUAUUCUAGGUCUCAUUCAUUCAUUCUUAUCUCAAAAAUCAAAUGAAUUCAGAGGGAAUUUGGUCCAACUGCUUUUGUUUCAACUGCAGGCAGGGGAGCAAAAGGACUCCAUGUGAGCAUUAAGAAAAAAGCUGUUGAGUGGUAAUUAACAAUUUUUAUACAGAGACUGAGUCAUUUUGGAUGAUGACUUAAAAUUUUAUGAGAAAUGUUUAGCACUUACAUGUGCUUAUUCUGUUUUUAAGAGAGAAUAAAAUUUACAUACUGUUUAAAUAAAUGAAUUUUUUUUUUCCUUUUAAAAAAAAUUCUCCAAAAGAUUUUGAUCUUGACUCUUUGUCUGGGACCUGGUUUCUCCUUUGAGGUUUUUUUUUGUGUGUUUUUUUUUUAAAGAUUUUGUUGUGAUGGAUUUUUAUUUUUUGCUUUUUGUUUAAGUUGUGCUGACACCAAACACGUCCAGUUUAUAAUCAGUACAUUGGAAAGCUGGCAUUAUUGAUGUAGAACGAAUGCAUAACUUUUUAUGGGGUUUUUGUUUUAUUAUUUUUUUUGUAACGUGUGAAUAAAAGGUGUGUUUACUCAUUUUUCCUAAACACUGUUGGUGAUGUGCAUCAUGACAAUUUCUAGCGAGAAUGAGCUGGAGCUGGUUGGACUGAUGAGACAAGGGGACUACUUUUCCUCUGAUCUGCAUUAUGUGAUAAUAACAGGUCCAGGGAGCUUCAUCGAGGGGGGAGGACAGCACUUACUUGUUUGUGUUUGUUAAUGGACGAUGUAUUCUCAUAGAUGCUGGAACUAGAGUGCACUUGUUAGAUGCUAAAGGUUUGAGCUUUACAGAAAAUGUUUUCAUUUGUAUUUGUUACUGUCUGCAAUAUUUUCGAGCGUGGGGGCAAGAUAGUAAGAUAUAAUGGCCUGUUAUGUCUUGAAAAUAUUUGUUCUUGCCUCUUUUCGGAAUACUGCCUUUUGUGGGUCAGUUUGAACAGCUUCUCCACCUUCCUGAGAUAGAGAUAUAUUGAACCCAGAGUGCAGCUUGACAACUAAAACCUUCAAAGGAAAGAAAUCAUUUGGAUCUAUAGGAAAUAAACGGUCACACCAAAUAGACUGUGAUACUUUUGUUAAGCAAGAUUUUGGGUUUUAAAUAUUCCUGUGUCCUGAAUAAUUUCCAAUAAUCCAUACUCCCUACAUGCAAUAAAAACUAGUAUGUUUUCACAGAAUAGAUUUUUUUUCAAAAGUUCUGUAACAAAUACAUUUAAUGUGGUGGUGCCAUAAUGUAAUUUCAGUGUUCUUGCUGGGUAAAUCCAUCUUAUGAAUAUUUUAUAGAAAAUUUGGUGUAUGUUUUCUGUUUUAAUGAUCAGAAAUUUGGAGGCACUCGAUUCUUUAUUGUAAAUCUCUUGAAGUACAGUUUACUGUACUAGUGGUAAUUAUUUAUGCCUUGAGAAUUUAAAUUAUGUUCAUCAAAAUUAAUUUAUGGCAUAAUUUAAACUAAAGUUGUAGAUAUAAAACAUUGAUUGCAACUUUAAUUGUCCUCAAAGAUAGGCAGGGAACAUCUCCAAGGAAUGCGUUUUUAUUUUUACCUGCUUUGGUGACAGCCAGGAAAACUUAUUUGGAGUUAGCACUUUGAAAGCUAAGGAUAUUGUUAAACUGAGUGGAAUGCACUUCUAAAUGUUGACAUUGAAUUUUCACAGCUCUUCUAAAUUCAGGUUUUCAAUAAUAAAUGCCAGUUUUAGUAUUCCAUUUUUUGCUAUUUAAACUCAUGGCAUUUGUCUCCAUAGUGACUUUUAAGGUUUGAGGGUCAUGUCGUAUUAGGACAAAGCCAACCUCGGCAGUACAAUUCCAGCCGUUUGUUCUUUUGAGGAACCAAUCAGAAUACCCAGUACAAAUGCUGCAGAUAAUUCAAAGACACCCUUAGCAAGUGUUUCUCCCCCACUCCUAAACAGUAUUUCAGGAUGUUCACUUUGUUCUUCUCUUUGGUUACAUAAAUUUUAAUAACUGAUAUGUUGAAGUUGUAUCUAAAAUAGAGCAUUUUGUUUUUCUUCACAGUACAUUAUGUUGUGUAAUGCACUGGACUAACUUGUUUACCGUUCAUGUAACAAAACCCAGCACAUGAUCUGCACUAAGCUCAGAGAAUGUCGCGUUUGCCUAGGCAGCUCUUUGAUAAGGGUAACGGGAAACUGAACAUGUACCUAUGGACUGGAGGUGACAAGGGCUUUUACUGUUCUUUUCAGUGGAACCUUCUCGGUCAAAUUGUAACUAGCUAGUAUUAUAUUUAUAUACAGGGUCUCUUUUCUUUACCGAUGUAUUUUCCUACUCAUAGCCAACCAAUAAAUUCAAUAUCUGUUUCAAAUA